UCUUAAGUAUGUGGCGUUGAGGUGAAAGAAGUGUUCGUUGGGAAUCAUGUGACUUCAAAGAGAAUAUUACACUAUAGGGUCUCCAUCAUGGCUUCUGUGAUGUGGACCUCUCUCCUCCUCUCCCUUGCUCAUCUCCUCCAUCUUCAAGCCUUUACCUUGGCCCCAGAGGGCACCACAAAGGCACCAUCACACCCACAUACAGACACACAGAUCGAUGACCCAGUACUGGCCUCACACAGCACUGUAUGGCCCUCCUGGGCUCCUGUAGUCCCCACCGCUGUAGCCAGAAUGGCCGACUCUCUGGACUCGUUUCCAGGGCUGAAAGACUCCACAUUGGCACCCGAGGAAACUGUGAAAAAGGACAACAAAGACAAGUUUCGGGGAACUAUCAGUGACUACACAGAGACCCAAGGCUUUAAUCCACUCACUAGACCUACAUCACCAGCCACAGUGAAUGCACAGCUAGGGUCUACAACUGACUCGGACCAACACCAACCCAGAGCCCAGGCCACAAACAGAGAGUUGUUAGCUCUGGACUUCUCAGCCACUCAACAGAGAGACAUACUGGAGGGAGAUAUCAUGGUGGAAGGGAUUGGAGACGAGUUACAGGACUUCACAGAGGAAACAGGAACAGACACAAGUGUGUUUCCAGAGGAGGGGUGGCCAAAGUCAGCCACCAAUGAGUCGGCUCUUGUCGACUGCAGCCUUGACACCAGAACCACACCCUGCAACACAACUGAUCAAUCCUGGAGCCCCUUUUACCCCGAUGACAUCAUCUCCAAUCAAUCCCAGCGCCCCUUUCUGUCUCUAACCCCUCCUCUCUUUGUACCUCUGUAUUCUGAUUGGAACUCAGCUCUGGCCACCUGGGGCUUUGCCUGGGAGGCCCACAUCUACGGUCUGGGAUCUGUGUUCACUGCAUUAGGUCUGAUAUCUGUACUCUGCCUGUUAGGUUUGCCCCUGCGCUGUCCCCCAGGAAGCCCCUACUUGACCCUGCUGCACCUGUUCCUCCUAGCCACCGGAGGCACUAGAGCAUUCUCUCUCCUGUAUGAUGCUUAUAGUCACCAGGACCACCUGCCUGCUCUGGGCUUUCUCCUCCUCUCUGAACUACCCUUCCCCUGCCUCACCUCUGCCUUCUCCGUCUGCUUCCUCCUCCUCUCCCUCCGCUCUCGCAUGCACCUCUCCCUUCAUUUUUCCCUCUCUCUCUCCCUCCCUCUCUCCACCCUGCCCAGGCCUUGUCUCUUGUUCUUCCUCUCCCUGAUGCACUUCGGGGCCUUCCUGGGCUCCAUAGCUCUAUUCCAUGUCUUCCCCAGCCUCCCUGUCCUCCUCCUGCUCCCCCAGGGAAUGUUCAUCCUCCUCUGCCUCCUCCUCCCCUGCUCCUUCCUCCUCUUCUACUGCCAUGUACGACAAGACGCCAAACACAUCCAACGGCUGAGUGACGGCGAGGGAGAGGUAACAGGUUCACCAGUUAUGGUGGGGCGGCUGUCCCGGUGCCCAUUCGCUGAGGCUGAGGAGUGGAGAAGGGCAGCAAGGGCUGGAGUGGGAGGGGCUCUGUGCCUGUUAGGGUGUGGGGGGCUUCAACUGUAUGGGAUGUUACAUGCAUUAGGGCUCGGAGGGGUGAGUGCUGGGGCAGGGUUCCAGCCCUGGCCUUGGUGGGCAUACCACCUGGGCUGCAGGCUCUGUGAGGUGGGGGUGUGUCUGUCCCUGUCAAUCAUCGGCACUCAGCCUCUCCUCUUCUGUUGCUCCAACUCUAACUCCUCCUCCCGGACUAAACUCAACACCAACACCUGUCAGGGGUCCUGGGCGCGGCUGCCCUGUGCCUCCCCGGCAGGAGGGCCUAGCCACCCACUUCCCCUCUCUCCCAUCCUUACCCCUCACUACCCCUGGUCCCUUGGGCAGAAAGAGAAGCAGGUAGUGUGUGAUGUCAUCAGGAAGCGCCAGUCCGAAACUCUCCCCCUCUACACACUAAUGGAACCCUCUUCAAAUGGACUGAACCUGCAUCCUAACCCUAACCCCAAACCCCACCCUGGCCAGACCAAAACCUCCAGACACCCCAACCUCCCUGAUCCUCCAAGCCCACCAGGGAGACUUCAAACUGGGGUUGAGUCCCAGGGCUCCUCCCAGGGUAGUCUAUGUCUGGACACUGACUCCACAGUGGACCUGCACCCCCCCUCUCCCAUUGACCUGUCCCGCAGCAUAGACCAGGCCCUGUACAGCGAGACCCUGUUCCCUCACAGCCUUUUCAGCCCCUCCAGGCUUUUCCACGCCUCUUCCAGCCUCUCCUUGAACUCCCCUGGCUCCCACCACAGCCAGAGUGCCUCAUGGCUUGGAAACAGCUCAGCUGACAGUCCCCUCUACCGGACCUCUUCCUGUGGAGAUGUGGAUAUGUCUCCUACACGGCCUCCCCAGCCGGGAUGCAUUCUCCCAGGCCACAGCGAUCCCUGCUGUCCGCCUGAGUGCUGGUGGAGAGGUAGUAACUCCAGCUAUCUGUGCCAGGAGUCCCUGAGUGGGUCUUCCCAGGGUCUGUUCUCCAGCUCAGGGACAGGAGGGGCAUGGUCACACCCCCACACCACCAGAGGGCAGCCUUCCCAGAGCAGCCUGCCCAGGACACUCCCCCACCUUACCUAUCACAGACGUUACCGCACCCUCAGCUCGGCCUCUCAGGACAGUCGGGGGGAGGGGCGGCUGGAGGGCAGAGAGGACCUGAGUGAAAGCAGGUUGCUAGAACGGGAUACGGCCGUACAAGCGGAAUUCGUCAACGUUUGCCGACAGAUCGAUGCUCUUAGCGUGUGCAGUGACACUAUUGACCUGUAGGCAGAUGCUACAGGGUUUGAACCAUGCGUCAUCUAUGUGCCACAAGGACGUAAGGACAUGACAUGUAUAAUGCACAGAGAUUAUAUAUUGACCUCUAGUGAGAGCUAAGGACUUAACUAAUACGCUACACUUAGUGUUUGAGUGAUGUUAGCAUUCAGAUCAAGCAGCUUUUUCACUGCUACAACAGAAGUGCACAGAGGUAGAACUAACUAUCAGUUGCCGUUUUAUGGGGAUUCUACACAUAGAAAAUAGACUUAUAGAUAUUUAUGUUUGAUUAGUUAUAAGCUGUAUAUAACUGUACAGUUAGUUCCAAAAUGUGCUAAAUGAACAAUGAACUUACUGAAACAACCAAAGUAGAACUGAUUUGAAGAACUUUGAAUACGAAAUGUCAGUGUAGUGUUGAUGAUAACCAUACCAAUAUGCAAGAUCACGUUAUGCUUUAGUGCCAUCUACUGGGGGAGAGGGAACAUAAAGUGUAACUCAUACAUUAUAGCUGUUCUUUAAUAAACAGUUUAUAAAGAGUUUAUAACGGGUGUCCUACCACCAAGCAAUACAACCGUACCUGUUUAUGUCACAACAGCAGUAUAAACUAGGAGUUAUACUAGUGUUCAAGUGUCAAAUGCAGCAAUGGAACCCGAUACCAAAGCAAAGAUCUCACUCAAUAUUUUUCAUUUAAUUGAAAUACAGCUCAACCUCGGAUAUUUCAAACCCUUUCUCUACAAUGUGUAACGCGGUGUCAUACGGUGUAUAUAUCAUUGAAGACUGUGUAAAAUAUACAGAGUAUACUAAACGUAAGGACACCUGCUCUUUCCAUGACAGACUGACCAGGUGAUCCAAGUUAAAGUUAUGAUCCCUUAUUGAUGUCAUUUGUUAAAUCCACUUCAGUCAGUGUAGAUGAAGGGGAGGAUAUGUGCCAGAGGGUGACUGGCAAAAUAUUUAAGUACCUUUGAACGGGGUACUGUAGUAGGUGCCAGGCACACCAGUUUGUGUCAAGAACUCUAACCCUGUUGGGUUUUUCAUGCUCAACAGUUUCCUGUGUGUGUCAAGAACGUUCCAUCACCCUGUGGAAUGCUUUCGACACCUUGUAGAGUCCAUGCCCUGACAAACUAAGGAAUUUCUGAGGGCAAAAGUGGAGGGUGUAACUCAAUAUUAGGAAGGUGUUCCUAAUGUUUGGUAUACUCAGUAAAUGUUUUAUUGUAAAUACAAUGUACAUGGAAAAGAGUUCUACUGGUAUGUCAUGCAUCAUAGACGAGGUAUGAUAAACAAAUUGGGUUUAUGAUGUUUGAAAAAAUUAUUCUUUCUAGUAAUACGAACACACAGUUGCGGACAAAUAUAUUGGCACCCUUGCACUUUAAAUAUUUCCCUAUUUCUUCUAAAAUAAGAAUAACUUGAAUAACUUGUCUCCACACCUUUUUAUUGGAUUUUCCACAUUCAGAACCACAUUUGAGUAUACUUAAGUUUACAAUUUGAAUGGAGAAAAUAAUGACAAAUGCCAUAGGUUUUUGGUUUUGGAUUCCGUGUGCAAGGCAUUUUUUUAUUAGAUUUUUUAUUGAACCAGGCAAGUCAGUUAAGAACAAAUUCUUAUUCACAAUGACGGCCUACCAGGGAACAGCGGAUUAACUGCCUUGUUCAGGUACAAAACAACAGAUUUUUACCUUGUUAGCUCGGGGAUUCAAUCUAGUAACCUUUCGGUUACUGGCCCAACUCUCUAACCACUAGGCUACCUGCAGCCCAUCACGAAAUCAGAUUAUCAGGUGUUUUGGAUCCAAUGUUCAACCCAGUGUCUCCGUUGAAGGUUGUGGGUCUCCCAGCAGCGACCCCAACACGCAUUAAAAAAAAGACCCAUGUUCAAGAACAGAUGCUGUUCUGGAGUGGGCAGCAUAGUCCAGAUCUGAAUCCCAUCCAUAACCUAUGGCAAGAGCUGAAAACAGCAGUUGGUGGAAGUCACCCCUUAAAACAGAGCAAUUUAAUCAAUUUGCUGCUGAAAAGAGAGCCACAUUGCCUGUAGAAAAGGUGCAGCAAGUUCAUUGAUGACUACAAGUGCUUAUCUGCAAUUAUCUUGGCAAAAGGCUGUGCAACCAAGUACUAGCUCCGGGGAUGGCAAUCAUUUUCUUCAUGACGUUUGUCUUUAUUUUGUCAAUUAAAAUUGUGAACUUAUGUUUACAAAAAUAAAAUAGGUUCUAUAAUGAGGAAAAUCCAAUACGUUUUUUUCAAUUUCAACUUAUUUGAAAAGAAAUAGGAAUUAUUUAACAUUUUACUGCAGUGGGUUAAAUCAGGGUCACACAUGGUGAUUCUUGGUAGGCUUAAACAAAUCCACUUUGAAACAAAAGUAUAUACCACACACACAUGGUUAUGGGUUUAAAAAAUAAAAAAGAAGACGCCUGUUUACCAUGUCAGAUAUAGAGUUGAAAUGUAUUCAAUUUUGAGUUUGCAUCCCAAUACUACACUUUAUAUGCAUCACAGAAGACUGAAAUAUAACAAAACAGUUUGACACAGAACCACCAGAUUUUCGUUGUUGAAAACAUUCCACCCAUGAGGCCAGAGGGCGCUUUGGUUAUUGACUGCAGGAAAGGGCUACAAAAGGUGCCAAUAUAUUUGGCCGCAACUGUACAAUAAAUUCAGUAUGGGUGACACUCUAGUUAGACCUUUAUGGACUCUGAAUGUAUACAUUGUCAUGAUCUAUAGGCCCUAUCCCAGAGAGAGUUGUUUCAGUUGAACUACUUGUUUGCUCUGUAGUCAGCAGCAAUAGUUUACACAUGAAUGAAAUCUCAGUUCAUCUAGCCACAACUCUGUAGUGUAAGCCUUGAGUGUGGUUUAUGUUGCUAUUAAAACAGCUUUCGACAACUUUGGACGAGACAAAUGGAGAGAGGAGGAAAUGAGUGAAAUAAUGAGGAAAGGGUAGGAAGGGAGUCUGUGAGAAAAACAAAGAUCACAUUGCCCUCUGCUGGUGUGGAAAAAGGAUAAUAUCACUAUGUCAGGAAUGACAUUAUGGGCAGCAGCUGAUGUAAUGAUAUCAUGUAUCCUACUCAACAUACCGUUUUGGGAAUGUAACCACAACAUAGCAGAUACUGUACAUACACCAAAUAAGGAGAAUAGUAGAUAUUAUAUUAAAGUUAACUUCUUUAUUCUGGUUCAUGCAAUAGCAUGGUACAGCAUUAAGGAAUUAAAGUCUGAGGUUGAAAUCAACAGAGGUGUAAAAUACAAAGCAUGAUCAAAGAGUUAGCCAGCUAACUUAAGAAAGUUAUUUCAGAACAUUUAGUUACAUGUUUUACAAAUUUACAUGGUAUAAUUGACUCAAAAACACAAAAAACAUAUCUAAAAAGUUUAGUUCUUAAUGAACAAGAAAUUCAGCCAUUAUUUCUGGAUUUGAUCCUGAUUUGUAGUAUAUCCUCUGGAGAAAACAAAAACAACUUUUGUGCAACUUUCAUCACCUAAUGUUCACUUCACACAAAAGAUUAAACACAACAAACUGGGAGAAGUUCUGUCAUUGCGGGUGGGUCACUAAUUUAACUGACAGUUAUACUGUUAUAAACUAGCUGCACGUCUUCUACAUGAAGGAAAUUGAGGAAAUUAAAUCUGUGUCAUCAGUAAAACUAUUCAUCAGUAAAAAACACAUUUCUUCACUCACUGCCACAGGGUAUUAGCAGUACAUUCACCCUGGUAAACAAGAUAUUUAAACGGUUGGUUUCCCAAACACAGAUUCUCCAUUGAGCAUGCUUUUUAGUCCAGGACUAGGCUUAACCUGUGUCUGGGAAACCAGACCUCAGUAUCAUAUAUGACUAGGUAUACAGUAUUAUAUUGUGGCCAACAUGUACAGUCCAUUCGGAAAGUAUUCAGACCAUUUGACUUUUUCCAAAUAUUGUUGUUACAACCUUAUUCUAAAAUGUAUAACAUACAUUUUUUCCCCUCAAAUCUACACAAAACACCCCAUAAUGACAGUGAAAAUAGAUCUUUAGAAAUUUUGCAAAUGUAUUUUUUUAAAUAAAGAGAAAUGCCUUAUUUUUAUAAGUAUUUAAACCCUUUGCUAUGAGACUCCAAAUUGAGCGCAGGUGCAUCCUAUUUCUAUUGAUCAUCCUUGAGAUGUUUCUACAACUUGGAGUCCACCUGUGGUAAAUUCAAUUGAUUGCAGUGGUGUAAAGUACUUAAGUAAAAAUCUUUAAAAGUACUACUUAAGUAGUUUUUUGGAUAGCUGUACUUUACUAUUUAUAUUUUUGACAACUUUUACUCCACUACAUUCCUAAAGAAAAUGUACUUUUUACUCCAUACAUUGUCCCUGACACCCAAAAGAACCCCAUACAUUUGGAAUGUUUGGCAGGACAGGAAAAGUGUCUAAUUCACACACUUAUCAAGAGACCAUCCCUGGUCAUCCCUACUGCCUCUGCUCACUAAACACAAAUGCUUUAUUUGUAAUCAUGUCUGAGUGUUGAACUGUGCUCCUGGAAAUACGUUUAAAAAAAAAAAAAUGUAAAAGGACAAUUGUGUCGUCUGGUUUGCUUAAUAUAAGAAAUGUUUAAUGAGUUAUACUUUUGAUACUUAAGUACAUUUCAAACCAAAUACUUUUAGACUUUUACUCAUGUAGUAUUCUACUGGGUGACUUUCACUUGAGUCAUUUUCUUUUAAAAAGGUAUCUUUACUUUGACUCAAGUAUGAAAGUUGGGUUUCCACCACUGAUUGGACAUGAUUUGGAAAGCCACACACAUAUCAAUAUAAAAGGUCCCACAGUUGACAGUGCAUGUCAAAGCAAUGAGGUCAAAAGAAUUGUUUGUAUAGCUUUGAGACACGUGUCGAGGCACAGAUCUGGGGAAGGCUACCCAACAAAAAUUCUGCAGCAUUGAAGGCCCCCAAGAACACAGGGGGGGGGGGGGGGGGGGGGGCUCACUCUGACCGAGCUCCAGAGUUAAUCUGUGGAGUUGGGAGAACCUUCCAGAAGGACAACCAUCUCUGCAGCACAUACAUUUUUUAAAUGUACUUUACCUUUAGUUAUCAGGCCUUUAUGGUAGAGUGGCCACUCCUCAGUGAGUUUGCCAAAAAGGUACCUAAAGGACUCUCAGACCAUUACAAACAAGAUUCUCUAGUCUGAUGAAACCAAGAUUGAACUAUUUGGCCUGAAUGCCAAGCUGCAUGUCUGGAGGAAACCUGGCACCAUCCCUAUGGUGGUAGCACCAUGCUGUGGGGAUGUUUUUCAGCAGCAGAGACUGGGAGACUAGUCAGAAUCAAGGGAAAGAUGAACAAUGUACAGAGAGAUGCUUGAUGAAAACCUGUUCCAGAGCACUCAGGACCUCAGACUGGGGCGAAGGUUCACCUUCCAACAGGACAAUGACCCUAAGCACACAGCCAAGACAACGCAGAAGUGGCCCAGCCAGAGCCCGGACUUGAACCCAAUCUAAAAUCUCUGGAUAGAUCUGAAAAUAGCUGUGCAGCGACGUUCCCCAUCCAACCUGACAGAGUUUGAGAGUGAAAGAAGAAUGAGAAAAACUCCCCAAAUACAGAUGUGCCAAGCAUGUAGUGUCAUGUGAAAGACAAGGCUGAAAUCGCUGCCAAAGGUGCUUCAACAAAGUACUGAGUAAAGGGUCUGAAUACUUAUGUAAAAGGUAUAAAAAAAAAUU